AGAAAAAUAAUGAAAAACGUCUCAAUCUUUCUGAUUGUUUUUGGCCUUUGCAUGAUUGGUGAUGUAUAUGGGAAAAAGUCUAUGAUUACAGUCAAGAAUGAAUUCAGUCCCAAAAGCAGGCUAGUCCUCAAGGUGCAUUGUAAAUCCAAAAACGACGAUAUUGGUAUAAAAUAUCUCGAAAUUGGAGAAAUAAUGUCAUUCAGCUUCAAGACAAACUUUUGGGGAACGACGGAAUUUUGGUGCGACAUAUAUAAAGGACCUGAUUAUAAGCGUUUUAGAGGUUUUACUGCAUAUCAAGCGAAAGGUUUGUUCGUUAAGGAUGGAUCAUCGUAUAAUUGGUUAGCUAGAGAUGAUGGAAUCUAUUUUCAUAAGAAUUUGUUGCCUACUUACUUUAAGUUAUAUUGGAAAUAAUAAAAGAAAAAAAACUACUACUUUGUUGAUGCAUGUAUUUCAACAAAGUAUUUGUAAUUUCUUUGAUAAGGGAAAAACAUUCUCAUGACGUUGAAGCUCGGGAAUUAGGAUGUUUUCGCGACAAAAAUAGAGUUUAUUUAUUUUAUAAUUGCGUCUUGUGAAA